AUGUGUGCAAUGAAACGGUUGGUUGGCGGCUUCUUUGUGUUUCUUCUUGUCAUCCCUUCGUUUUGUGAUGACAAUGGCCCUUCUGUAAGUUUUGGUGGAAAAAUAUAGUCAAAAAUACUUUUGUUUGUACUUUUUGAGACUCCUGGAGGUAAAAAAAUCGGAUCAAAAUGCAAAAAUAGUUUCUUCCGUUGCCGGGAAUCGAACCCGGGCCUUGCGGGUGAGAGCCGCAAAUCCUAACCACUAGACCACAACGGAACGGUUGUCAGGCAUUGAUUAUUUGGUUCAAAAAAUUUAGAAAAAGGAGGAGUUUUGAUUUGAAAAAGGGCUGUAAAAAGAAAGUUAAGAAUUUCACACCGUUUUAUAUUGCCCUACAUUCAGAAAGAAGCCCCGCUCCGCCAGAUAAAACUUCCAUUUGCGUUGAAAGAGAACCAACUGUAUGUGGCCAUCGGUCCGAUGUUUGUGGUCCUCGCAAUUCAAUUGGGCUUUCUAAUCUUCUGCAUUGUGGCAAUGAAGGCCCAAAUGCCCAAAAUUCCAAGUGAAAAGGAGCUGGAGGUGCUCAGAGAGAAAGAUCACGAAGCCGCGAAGAAGAGGAAACCUAAGAAAAAGGAGACUGGUGGUCCUCCGGUAAGUGAGAAUCAAUUUUUUUUUUUCAAAAAUCAAAAUUAUUUUUUCAGAAAGUUGAAUUCGUUUUCGAAGACGAAGGAGUUUUGGUGGAGGAUGUGGCCACAAUGGUCCCAGAAGAAAACGAGAAUGUUGAAGGUGGCGCCGACGGUCAAGCCAAUCAAGAAGCGGCUAAUCCACCCCUCGCAGGGGCCCCUGUAGCUUUUUGA